CUGUGGACGUGUCUCACGUUGGAAGAUCCGACCCUGGCAAGCAUUGUUGGUUGGUCGGUCGCGACGCUGGAGUCGUCAGAUCUGCUUUGAGCACAGCCCCUUUCACCUUACUUCUGCCGGCGCUGCGCCACUCUGUUAGGCAGACUGCCUUGUCAACCUUGCGAAACUCGACGUCGACAUUUCUAAAGACAGAAACAGCAAACACGCUCUGUCUCUCACCCAUGGAUCAACAGCCUGCCCAACCCGUGACGCCGGCACGAGGCCGGUCCCCGUCCGCGGGGCACCAACAGCCUCAUAUAAGAAAUAGUCACUCGCCUUCGCCUCAUCCCUAUCAGUCCCCAGACGCCUCUAUCGGCCUCGGUAUCGGCCUCGACCCCUCGUCAGCUCCCAACCCUCAAUUCACUCCAGACAGCUUCGGCGACUUCAACGGUAGCGACAGUCGCUUCUUAAAUACAUCGCAGCCUCAGGUAUUCCCACAACAAGGUGCGACCGACUCGAUAUCCUACGAUCCGAACCAGGGCUUCGCUCAAACACAGGCCAGCUUUUCGCAAUCACUGAUGACGGCUGAUUUCAACCCCGGCGCCGACUUUUCUUUGUUCCCGCCCGUUACGCAGGCCGAUCAAUACAGCGCGACGCAAUUAUUUGGCGAUAUCCCUCAAAACAAUCCUCCAAGUCUUAAUCCCAAUGAUUUGGCGAACAUGACCUCUCCACAGACGCACCACUCCCCUACCCCGCCUCAUCUACUAAAGCCUGAGCCGGGUUCGACACACCAUUCGCCCUCGUUCCCACAACAGCAAUUCUCUUCUCCUCCGGGCCAUUCAAGACAUACUUCGUUAGGCCCAGAGGCCGCCUUGCUUCCUGGUCAGGUAGACUGGACUCAGGCCCAAUUCCAAGGCCAUCGUAGAACACCUUCAGACUACUCCGACGUAUCCUCCAAUGCGGCGUCGCCGAGUUUAACGGCCCAUGACGGAUUCGAUCACCCUGAACAUGGCCACUCGCCAAUGCAGCGAUCUCAGGACAGCUUUUAUGAUGGUGUCAUGGGACUAGGGAACUUCAGUAUAUCAGAUGCCAAUCGCAAUAGCCGUAGUCCGUCACAUAGUCCACAUAUAUCUCCUCGAAUACUCCCCCAGAUGCCUGACGCUGGCCAAUUAAAUCAACCUAUGAUGCUAAACGCGGGCUAUGGCGUUCCCCCGGUUAGCUAUUCUCUACCAUCAGAAGAAUUUCCAACACUACAAGCUGAGAUGCCCAUGGAACAACCGAUAACCCAGGGAGGAUUGGCGCCACCCUCAAUUAACAUCGAUUUUGCUCCUAAUGCUAAGCAAAAUACCUUUGAGCCUCUGAAACCACCUAUGGAUGAAAGUUCACUGACUCCCCCUGAUAGAGGCCGGCCAAGAUCACGGCCACGGGCCGCUACUGAUUCAAUGUACAGCGGUGUCGGCGGUAACUCGCGGCCUCAGACGCCAGGGAGCCUUUCACCACAUUUGGGUGCUGAUUUGGCGAACCGUUCACGAUCUGGAUCCGAGUCAUCAUCUAGGUCUCUUUCCCCACUCGCCCCAGGCGACAGGUCCGGUAGCGCAAAUGCCGCCUCUCGGCGACGUGUGUCCAUGUCUUCGGUACCUAACAACGUGAUUGCGCUUCGACUGGCAGAUCCGGAAUACCAGGCCGCCCAGGACAGCGGCAACACUAAGAGGGUUCAGAAACACCCCGCGACAUUCCAAUGUACGCUUUGCCCGAAAAGAUUUACCCGAGCCUAUAAUCUUCGUUCACAUCUACGUACUCACACGGAUGAGCGGCCAUUCGUAUGUACGGUAUGCGGCAAAGCUUUUGCCCGACAGCAUGAUCGUAAGCGUCAUGAGGGCUUACACACGGGCGAGAAGAAGUUCGUUUGCAAAGGUGAAUUAAAAGCCGGUGGACAAUGGGGCUGUGGCAGAAGGUUUGCCCGCGCAGAUGCGCUAGGUCGUCAUUUCCGGUCUGAAGCUGGCCGGAUAUGUAUCAAACCCCUUCUAGACGAGGAAAUGAUAGAGCGACAGCGUGUCUGGCAGGAGCAACAUAUGCAGAUGGCCGCCGCACAAAACAUGGCUCAGCAACAGGUCAUGAUGGAUCCUGGCGUCUAUCCUGGCAUGGACACGAGCGCAUUUGGUUUACCGGCCGCGCUGUUGGCACAAUACCCUGCUUUAGCCCAGAUGAAUUGGAGUCAAGGCGACAUGGGCAAUGUGGACGACGAGAUUAGCGGUCGAUCCAGUUUCGACGCCUCCGAUUAUGAUGAUGGCGAGGAGGCUGGCUAUGUUAGCGGGCCUGGGACAGGGUUUGGCGAAGGUGGAGGCCAGCAAAACUUUGGAGAAAUGGGAUACGCUAGCGAUUAUGGCGGGCGUUGAUUUGUAUAGCUGUAUUUUCUAUCCUUCCUUUCGUGACGAUCAUUGGCGUUUUAACGGUCUUGGAUUUGAUGAGCGAUGCAUCAUGAUAUAUACAAUGGGCCAUAUGUAGACUAAGCUAUUGGGUAACCUAUGAGCUCUCUUAUUGGCAGAAAUGUCCACAUUAUAGACGGCAGGCUAGAUACCACUUCAUUGAAUGAAAUAUCCCAGAGUUCUCAUCAUGUCUCAGUAUUUUCAAAACUUGUAAUCAUAGACUGUCCCGCGAUGUGCAGGGGGGAAUUAUUUGACCCACCGGAGACUUAACGUUUCUUCGGAAUGACUUCUUGCUCUAGCUAAGCGGCAAAGCC